CCACUCGACCGAUAUUUGAAAUAGGUCGCCUAAUUCCUUAUCACAGAACUAAUAAAAUAUUAAACACUUAGCCAUAAAAUGAGGUGACGUGUAUCAUUAAAUUAAUCACUCAUACAUUCCAGUAUAAAUUGAAACGUGCAUGUAUUUAUACAUGAAAAUGGCUGGCACGCCGAUCAAGUUGGGGUCUGUCGUGUCCUUCUGUAUUGUGCUAUAUGCGAUGUAUUACCGUAAGAACGAUAUGGGGGAUGACCGGCUGCACCCAAUGAGGGAACAGUUGUUGAUACUUGAAAGCCAGAAUAGCGUGGGGCUUGGGAGUUUUCAACCGAGAGUUGCGCUCGGUUAUGGGGCAUGCCACGACUUGUUUGUGAAUGCAACCCUGCUGUUGGAUCACAGAGAAUUGAACGGGGAGCCGGAACACCACAGUGAGAUCAGAAAUAACGAUGAGUUGCUGAAAAGUUUCGCUUAUUUCUUCAAACACGGUGCGGCGGCCGAGCGAUUCGUCUCCAACAGCAAGCUCUACGACAACCUGGUUGAAAAAGCCUUAAAGCUCUCCGACACAAGAUGGUCGAUCGGUGGCAACGCUCCACUCAUGGCAAAGCGUUUCCACUCAGAAGGCUGGGAGGUGCUCCUCGCCGGGAAGAUGAGCUCUAAACUUAAAUCAUACAUUCCAAAAGAAAUAAAAAUAGUAGGUGCCGAAGAAAAUGAGGAAGUCAAAGAUGAUAUACACAUGAUUCUUGAGUAUAAGGCUGAUGAAAAGUUUGGGGAACACCAAGCGCCCAGGGCUAAUCGGUAUAUUCUCCAUAAUGAUGAGAAUAACCCUCUGUUGAGCUCGCUGGAGAAGUUUGCGGAGCAUCUGCCGCGGUUCACGCCUGACUUGCUGGUUAUUAGUGGGCUUCAGAUGAUGGAUAAUUAUCCUUUCAAGAAAACUGACACUCAAGAUCUCAGGGCUGAUAGACUGGAACUAGUCAAAAAACAAAUCCUGUCACAGCCCGCUCAAACACUCAUCCACUUCGAAAUGGCAAGUUAUGUGGACUUGGAACUGCUUCUACACCUGAAGUCCAAAGUCCUACCUUACGUCGACUCUAUGGGCAUGAAUGAACAAGAACUGACCAAUAUACAUAACUUACUUCUCUACGGAAAUGUCAGUUACGCAGCAGACUCAAAUCCAAGAGUAGCUACAGCGUUGGACCAAAUGAGAAAAACAUUCCAAAUGAUUCGGCUGAAAAAUCAAGAACACAACAGCGACAGAAAACUGACACGAAUUCAUGUACACACUUUAGCCUAUCAGGCCAUCUUGACAGUGAAAGACUCAUCUUGGAAAAGAACCGCCGCUGCCACAGCAAAAGCGUCCCUAACCGCACACAGAUACGUGUGUGACGCUCAAACUAUCUUGCUAGAGAAAUCAAAGUUGUUGCUAGAUGAUAGUUUUGCCACGAGCACAGCUAACGAUAAUAAUAGCAGGGUUGUUAUAGAACCGACGAAUCCAGUGGCAUGUUGGGAGGAGACACUUGUGGGUGAUAUAGUUGAGAUAUGUGUAGCACCCGUGCUGAUAUGCACUGAAGCGCAAUUGACAGCCGGAGCUGGAGAUAACAUAUCAGCUGCCGGAUUAGUACUUCAGAUAGAGAAGUAAACGGUUUAGAGUUUUCUUUUACUUAAAUAUCUAACAGGAACAUUGUGUGACUUACAUUUUUAAUAAGUUGGUUGUUAUUAUGUGCCAUUUGACUUGUAUUAUUGACAUCAAACAUUGAUCAAAAUGACUUGUUCAAGUACAUACUUAUUGUUGUAUUUAUUUUUAAUUUAAUUUAAUGAUUUAUAUUUGCUUGAAGGUGUUAAGGGUAUUAUUAGGAAACUGAACAUUCUUGAUCAUAUUUAUUAUUAAUAUUUUAGCCAUUGCUUGUCAUGAAACAUUCCUAUUAUGUGAAAUACUUUUUGAUCUGAUAUAAAUGUUGUUUGAAUAAAAACAUUCUUACA